UCAGGGUCACGCUUAUUUUUGAAUUCUGCGUCAUUGUGCUUCCAGUUGAGCUGAUGAUAACACUGUGGAAUGUUCAGUCACACUACUUCCUGUUGGUUACGUGGUGUUGCAUCUUCCUGGUCAUCACUUCCGUUUUAUUCAGAAGACCAUAUCAGGAUGCUUUUAAGUCUACGCCUUUAAUGAAUGCACCAAUGGCAAACUGCCCAUUUGUGUCUUAUUUCCGAGCAUAUACAAACAUUUUUACUGGUUUCUCAAUCUUGGCAGUUGAUUUUACAAUAUAUCCGCCAUAUUUUUAUAAGUCACGUGUUUAUGGUACUGCGCUGAUGGAUUCAGGGCUUGGAUUCUACAUUAUUUCUAAUGCAAUCGUAUCUGCGGAAGCCAGGGGGAUAGAAACAACGAAGAGUGCCAAGGCCGCCCUGAAGAAGGCAACAAAGGACACUGUUCCAUUGAUCUGUCUUGGUGUAGCCAGAUACUUCCUUUUGACAUCCUUAGACUACCAUGUUCCUAUACAAGAAUAUGGUGUGCAUUGGAAUUUCUUCUUUACACUCGCAGUUGUCAAGAUGGGAUCAACGAUCUUGUUUAGUUUUACUCCAACGUACAUGUGGAAAUGUUUGGGACCUUUGGUAAUUAUGUUGCACCAAUCUCUUCUCCUUACUGAAAAAUAUCGCCACUUUGUUUUGUUUGGUUACCAUGGUGAUGCAGCGCGUACUGGCGGCUUCAUAGAGGCAAACAGAGAAGGAAUUGUAGCCUCUGUAGGAUUCCUUGCGAUUUACUUCGUUGGUGUUCAACUAGGAUCUCUCUUGAUGAAGAAAAGGGAAACUAUAGGUGACUGGUCACUGAUUCUGUUAGUGCUGACCGUAGUUUGUUCUGUCUGUUGGAUAAUGCUGGAAGUUACAGGAGAGCUGGUUCAAAAGCCAUCUAGGAAGUUUGCAAAUCUCUCUUACAUGUUCUUUGUGAUUGGUGUGACAAGUCUUCUAAUAGUUGAAGGACUGGCUUUUGACAUUCUUAUCACCUACGUAAAACAUCUAACUUACACAAGUUCAGUGACAUCAGAUAAAGUAAACAGAUCCGAGGAUCGAACAUGCAGCCUGCUUCAGGGGAUAAACUACAAUGGUCUUCUUUUCUUCGCAGUGGCGAACCUUAUGACCGGACUUGUCAACCUAAGUAUCGAUUCCAAGUCCAAAUCUAAAAUGGAUGCUUUUGUUAUCGUAACAUUGUACAUGAUUAUAUUGUCUGCAUUGUUUUUGUAUAUGUAUCGUCAAAGGAUUUCGUUUAAGGCAUUUUUAUGGAGGAAAAAUAGGAAACAAUCCAUCUCAGUUGAAAAUCAAGAUUCUUUAGGGUCGUUGCAAUUGAGAAGAUAAUGAUUUUGCAAAUAAACAGUAUUAAUAAUGCACAAAAUGUCGUCUGAUAUGAUACUGUUUCGAGUGUAGUUAGUUACCGAAUCUGGUUAUAGCUAGUACUGUAUAGGCCUAAGUGAAUGUAGACUUGAGGUCAGCGUGUUACAUAAUCUUGAAGUUGGACUCGGUUACUUAUAAUAUCUUAAAACAAACACUCUGUUGAUGUGUUUGUGCGAGUGUACUUAAUAAAAUACAGAACUGUAUUGCUUGGUAUCAUUGUUUCCGAGAAACAUAAACUGCGCGUGUACUAAUAAAAUAUACA